AUGCAGUCUGUCAAACAAAGAUUGUUUUCUUGUGAAACACGUCAUGUUUCAAAUAUCAGCACAAUUUUAGAUCCACGUUUUAAAAAAGAAGGCUUAAGAAAUGUAGAAAAUGCAAAAUUACUUGACAAUAAAAUAUCCUUUUUUAUAAACAAAAAUAAGGAACAGAAAGAAGUAGAUAUUGUUAAAGAAAUUGAAAUUGGUACAGAUGUAACCAGUGAAAGCAUAUCACUCUUUUCUUUUAUUCAAAAAAUAAUUAAGGAAAAGGGUAAAACUACUUUGGCAGAUGUAAUAAUUACCAAACAGCAGUAUUUUGAGAGGGCAAGCACAGAACAAAGCACUGAUCCCUUGCAGUUUUGGAAGCUUAUGGGUAAUGAGCUCAACAUUUUGGACAAAUCUGCCUUAAAAUAUUUGUGUGUCCCAGGAACCAGCGUUUAAAGUGAAAGGACAUUUAGUUCCACUGAUCUAAUCGUUACUCAAAGAAGAUCCAGGCUUACGUCUGAACAUGUGAAUAAAAUUAUAUUUUUACAUAAAAACGUAAACCUUUGAUCCCUUUGCCUAU